AAGAAAACUGGUGGUUACCAAUUAACGGUCGAAAUUCCAAAAACACUUCCAGUCUUCAUCACUAUCUCUCACUCUCUGGCUCUUCAGUCACAAACCCACUUCCUCUCACACCUCCAUGAUCACCUGCAAAGCUUCAAAGUUCAACCAUGGAGCUCCCUCUCCACUCUACACUUCCAAAAGAGGCCUUAAACAUGCACAAUUUUACAGGACAUGCCACACUCCGCACAACAAGAAGUGCAUGGUCUUUUCUUCCUUAGCAGAUGGACCCAGAUGGAAUCAGUACCGCCAUUUCACAGGCAACAACAAUAAGAAUGGCAGCAGCACUGUUUACAAGAAACCCAGAAACUCAGAAGAGGCAGAGGAAGAAGGAGAGAGAAAGGUCCAUUGUGAAGUGGACAUGAUUUCAUGGAGGGAGCGCCGAAUCAAGGCCGAAAUUUCGGUGAAUGCCGAUAUCGAUUCGGUUUGGAACGCUCUCACUGAUUAUGAGCGUCUCGCUGACUUCAUUCCCAAUCUUGUUUCCAGUGGGAGAAUUCCAUGUCCACAUCCAGGGCGUAUAUGGUUGGAGCAGAGAGGGUUGGAGAGGGCACUGUAUUGGCAUAUUGAAGCUCGGGUUGUUUUGGACCUUCAAGAAUUUCCUAACUUAAGUGAUAAUGAUCGUGAGCUCCACUUUUCCAUGGUUGAUGGGGACUUCAAGAAGUUUGAAGGCAAAUGGUCUGUUAGAUGCGGGACAAGGUCAUCAUCAGCAAUUUUAUCAUAUGAACUUAAUGUGAUACCACGAUUCAACUUCCCAGCCAUUUUCUUGGAGAGAAUAAUCAGAUCAGAUCUUCCUGUGAAUCUUCGUGCCUUGGCCUGUAGAUCUGAAAAGACUUUUUUAGGGGAUCAGAAGAUAACAAUAACAGAAAGUUCCCUGCCUAGCACAUUCAUGGCUGUUACUAGUUCACCCCCCAAAAACAUCGAUGGUUCUUUGUGUGAAAAGGAUUAUCCACUUAAUGAGUUUAAAGAAAAUGUUGCUGGCUCUAAUUCUGGUUCAUUGCCCCCAUCUUCUACUGAGUUGAACAGUAACUGGGGUGUUUUUGGAAAAGUAUGCAGACUUGAUAGGCCUUGCUUGGUGGAUGAGGUUCAUCUUCGUAGAUUUGAUGGUCUAUUGGAAAAUGGAGGUGUUCAUCGCUGUGUUGUUGCUAGCAUAACAGUAAAAGCUCCUGUUCGUGAAGUAUGGAAUGUUUUGACAGCUUAUGAAAGUCUUCCUGAGAUAGUCCCAAAUUUGGCAAUCAGUAGGAUAUUGUCAAGGGAAAACAACAAAGUCCGCAUUCUUCAGGAAGGAUGCAAGGGCUUACUUUAUAUGGUGCUUCAUGCGCGUGUUGUCCUAGACUUGUGUGAACAGCUUGAACAGGAGAUAAGUUUUGAACAGGUUGAAGGGGACUUUGACUCAUUUAGAGGUAAAUGGGUUUUUGAGCAGCUAGGAAGUCAUCACACACUGUUAAGGUACUCUGUGGAAUCGAAAAUGCGCAAGGAUACUUUUCUUUCUGAAGCCAUCAUGGAAGAGGUUAUAUAUGAAGAUCUCCCUUCAAAUUUAUGUACCAUACGAGAUUAUGUAGAAAAGAGGGAGGUGGCACACUCAAUGAAAGCAUGCGAUGAAAGUAUAUAUAGGGAGGAACAAACCGCUUCAUCUAGCACAGACCGUGAUGAUGAAAAUUGUAUAACAGUUGAUCGGCUUUCUGAUACCAAUGCUCCAAGUUCAUCUAGGCAAAGGCCGAGAGUACCAGGCUUGCAGAGGGAUAUUGAAGUGUUGAAAAGUGAGCUCCUGAAAUUUAUUUCAGAGCAUGGGCAGGAAGGAUUUAUGCCCAUGAGAAAGCAACUUCGUUUACAUGGAAGGGUAGAUAUUGAGAAAGCAAUCACACACAUGGGUGGAUUCCGGAGGAUUGCAACAUUGAUGAACCUCUCUCUUGCUUAUAAACAUCGAAAACCAAAGGGCUAUUGGGACAACCUUGAUAAUUUGCAGGAAGAGAUUAAUCGAUUUCAGAGGAGCUGGGGAAUGGACCCUUCAUUCAUGCCCAGUAGAAAGUCAUUUGAGCGUGCAGGGCGCUACGACAUUGCUCGUGCAUUAGAAAAGUGGGGAGGCCUUCAUGAGGUUUCACGUCUACUGUCGCUCAAGGUGCGGCACCCUAAUCGACAGCCGAACCUUGCCAGGGAUGUAAAACUUGAUUAUGUGGUAUCAACUGAUGUAGAGGGAGAGAAGGUGGCACCAUAUAAUCCCUAUGUAUCUCAAGAUACACAAAAGUGGAUCUCAGAACUAAAACAUUUGGAUAUUAAUUGGGUUGAAUAGAAAAGCAUUUCAUUUUUCUGUCUCUCUUGUUCACAAAACCUUUGAUUUGUCAUUCAUCAGAUGAAAGAAUGUAGAUCCUCCAGUAUUCAGUGGAUGAGUCAACUGAGCAUGUUCUUUCUAUUCAUCCUGGACUUUACCAGUAAAGUUCUAGUUUCACCGAGAGCAGGAUAUUCAUGCAUCUGUUGGGCACAAAUUCUGCAGAAA